AUGAGAUUAAUUAAGAACACUGACGUAAAGAACCGCCAAAAAGUUGGACUAAUUGGAAAGGUUGGCAAAAUCUUUUUAUUGACACGUCAUUACUACUUUGUUGUUACUGUGUAUUUUUUUAAGUUUAUAAAAAAUAUUAAAAUGGUUACAGCAAUAAAUACUUUUGAUACUGGUCAUGAAGAUAUGAUCCAUGAUGCCGAACUUGACUAUUAUGGUCUUCGUUUGGCUACUUGUUCUUCAGAUCAUUCAGUUAAAAUAUAUGACGUUAAAAAUGGUGCACAAACUUUACUGGCAGAUCUGAAGGGGCAUUAUGGCCCAGUGUGGCAAAUUAGUUGGGCACAUCCAAAAUUUGGAAAUUUAUUAGCAUCUUGUUCUUAUGACAGGAAAGUUAUAAUUUGGAAAGAUAUGGGAGAAUGGAAGAAAUUAUAUGAAUACCCUGGUCAUGAUUCAUCUGUAAAUUCAGUUCAAUGGGCUCCUUAUGAAUUUGGUUUAAUUUUGGCAUGUGGUAGUAGUGAUGGAUCUAUUUCAAUUUUGACAGGAUCAGGAGAUGGUUCUACUUGGGAUGCUAAAAAAAUUACUAAUGCCCAUACAAUUGGAUGCAAUGCUGUCAGUUGGUGUCCUGCAACUGUAGUGAAUCCAGUUUUUGAUGUAAAUGCUCGAGCAGGUCCUCCGGUAAAGAGAUUAGUUAGUGGUGGAUGUGAUAAUGCAGUGAAAAUUUGGAAAGAAGAUGGUGAUAGAUGGAUUGAAGAAGCAAAACUUGAAGUGCAUUCAGAUUGGGUCAGAGAUGUAGCUUGGGCUCCUUCUUUAGGUUUACCAAAAUCUCUCAUUGCAUCUUGUUCACAAGACAGAAGAGUUAUUAUAUGGUCUAGUGAUGAUAAUAUUAAUUGGACUCCUACUGUACUAAAUACAUUUGAUGAUGUAGUUUGGAAUGUUAGUUGGUCUCUCACUGGCAAUAUUUUAUCCGUUUCUGGUGGAGAUAAUAAAGUUUCAUUAUGGAGAGAAAAUAAUGAAGGACAGUGGAUGUGUAUUAGUGAGGUUAAUAAAGGUCAGGGCACAGUAUCAAGUAAUGAUCAGAGAGCUGUGUAG